AUGAAAGUCGCCUUUGCAUUGUCUGCGCUCUUCGCCUCUGUCGCCGCCCAACUCCAAAUCGUCGGGGGCAAGGAAGCCGCCGUUGGCCAGCACUUGUACGUGACAGGAAUUCGUUCCUCCGCCUCUGGAACCGACUCGUGCGGAGGCAGCUUGAUCGCCUCAAAUGUCGUCUUGACCGCCGCCCACUGCAUGGGCCUUGGCCUCAAAUAUGUGGCCAUUGGGUCGCACUACAACAGCGGCACCAAGGACGGCGAGCAGAUCAAGAUCAAGCAAGAGAUCAAGCACCCCAAGAACAACGCCGGCAACAACGCGUACGACAUUGGCGUGUUGAUUUUGGAGCGCGACUCCAAGUUUCCGGCCGUGGAAGUGUCCUUUGACACUGUGGCAGCCGACACCCCCACGGUUGUGCGUGGCUGGGGCUCCACGUCUUCGGGCGGGUCUGUGUCCAAGGUCUUGUUGGAAGUCGGGGUGGAUACAGUCAGCAACCAACAGUGCGCCAAGUGGUUGUCUGGGCCCUCCAUCGACGCCAGCAUGUUGUGCGCCGGCGGCAAGGUGGGAGAAGAUUCGUGCCAAGGCGACUCUGGUGGACCCUUGACGGUGGAAACCGGCGGUUCUGCAAAGUUGGUGGGGGUGGUCAGCUGGGGGCUUGGGUGUGCCGAGAAAAACAAGCCGGGCGUGUACGGUCGCAUCUCCAUGGCUCGCGAUUUCAUUGAGCCGUACCUCAAGAAUUCCCCCACCUCAGCCCCUGGCCCGACCAAACCUACCACUAUGCCUAGCAUGACCACGAAGAAGCCCACGACUGCCUCCCCUGGCCCGACCAAACCUACAACCAUGCCUAACAUAACCACGAUGAGACCCACGACUGCCUACCCCAAGCCUGGUUGUACCACGUGUGGCGUUUGCUACUAUCCUGGCGCCGACUACUGCUUGGAUGAUUUCUCCAAGGACGACUGCGAAUACUACUGCCCUGAAUAUGGAACGUUGUGGUGUGGCAACUAG